GCCUCAUCUCCAGUGGGCACAGCUGUGAGCAGCAGGUGAGCAGCACUGACAGCAAUGAGCCAGGGAGUGCCCAGGGGCACUGACCAACCUCCAAAGGGAGCAGAGGGCACACAGGGGCAGUGCAUCAGCAUGAGGGGAUAAAAGGCUGGGCUGAAGAACAAGAAGGGCAAUGCUUGCAGCCUUCUGGAGUGGAGUGAUGUUACUCUGUAUGGGCAGACACCUGAAGCCUUCUGAUGUGAAAAAGAGCUAACUAAGAAAAAAAAAAAGAAAAAAGAGGAUUGAUUGAGGUUUCCUUGUGGCCUACUGAGGAUGCUGCAGUGAUGGGAAAUGUGACCAGCCAACCUCAGUGACAAGAAAGCCCAGCCUGGGAUGUGAGGAAUCUGUGCAGAUGGCAGCUCUGCAGCUCCAGUACUGCCCCUUGGUCACAGUACAGCCACCUCACCUGAAAAGACCUCCCAGUUAAUUCCUUUUCCAUAAUCUGGAGAGACAAAAAAAAAAAAAAAAGAAAAAAGAAGAAGCAGACUAAUGAACCAGCUUCUCUGAGUUAAAUUGUCAGUGCAACAGAGGAAGGACUGGCUGCUAGCACCAAGGCACUGCAGGAGCCUGGGACUUGAGGAGUCCACAAAGGGUUUGUCUCAGAGACUUUCCCUCUGCGGUCCUGAAUGUCCAAGCCUGGUGGAAUUUUCCUGUCGCUGUGAAGCCUUUGUAGAAGAAGAGUAGAAGAGCUAUGGCCAUGGUGACUGGCCCACUGCUCCCCUAAGUCUGAGACUUCACCUCAACUGCAUCCAGUUCAGGGACUCCCAAUGAAAGAAGGACCUGGACCUGCUGUAACAAACCCAGAGGAGGGUCAUGAAGAUGAUCAGAGGCUGGAGCAUGUCUCCUAUGAAGACAAGCUGAGAAAAUUGGUGUUGUUCAGCCUGGAGAACAGAAGGUUCUGAGGAGGUCUUGGGGCAGCCUUCCAGUACCUAAAAGGAGCCUAGAAGAAAGCUGGAGAGACUUUGUGCACAAGGGCAUGUAGUGACAAGAGGGAAUCACUUUAAAUUGGCAGAGGACAGGUUUAGAUUACAUAUUAGGAAGAAAUUUUUUACUGUUUAUGAGGCCGUGAAGCACUGGAAUAGAAUGGCGACAGAAGGUGUGGAUGCCCCAUCCCUGGAAGUGUUCAAGGCCAGGUUGGAUGGGGUUUUGAGCGACUGGUUGUAGUGGAAGUUGUUCCUGCCCACUACAGCAAGUUUGGAACUAGGUGAUCUUUAAGGUCCCUUCCAAACCAAGUCACACUACUGUGUGAUGUUAUGAUCUAUGUAGCCCAUGAACCAGGGGAAUAUAUCUGCUCCCUGUGCACCAAGGCCUUCCUCCUCCACUUCUUUCUCCUCCAGUUCCUUAUGUCCAAAGCAUACCUGAGCUGGUUUCCACCCGUCCUGAUGAACCUCUUGUUGAGUUUCUGCAGGGUGAGGGCAGACUCACUCUCUUGACCACUCAGAUCAAGCCUAACAUGGUAUCUGUGCCUUGAUGGUUAACUCAUCAUUUGCAUCAUUUGGUGGUGAUGUGUCGAUGAAGUAAAAUAAUCCAGUUGACAGGGAGGGAAAACUCCAACAUGUAAAUGCUGAUAAAACAUAGCUGGGUUAAUAGUUGUCUAGUCCUUUUCCCUCUCUUUUCCUCCUUCCAGAGACACACUUGUGAAUACACUCCAAGAUGUGAAACCUGUUAAUGUUACCUCUUUAAUUUAUCUGGUUUUAUUAAUCUCUCAGCCUACCUCCAGGUCUUUCUCUUUCUUGUUCAGAAGUUAACUUGUCAUGUUAAGUAAAUAGCAGCUUUCUUGACAAAGUGCAGAGCAUUAGCUGCUGCUAAGGUAUGCUUUAUUGACUGCUAUUGAUUUUUACAAAUUAAGUUUACUUCUACUGCUCCUGACAUUUAGUGGUAACUUAAAUAUUUCAUUAAUGAGGCAAAAUUGAGGUUCGUGAAAGCAAACCUUACAAUACAAUUCUGCUUUCUACAAGUUUAUUAUCCAAGAGCUCCAGUGGAGGGAAACUACUUUAUCAGAUACAUUGAAAAGAAAACAGAUGCAAGAGGUUAAUUAUGUUGCAUUGCCUUUUCAAGUAGAAUUUAGCUUCAGAUGUUUCAGUCAAUGUUGUAAGUAUUGAGCUGAGGCAGAGUCUGGGCAGCAAGGCAAGCUGACCAAUGAGUACACUAAAGAAACCCAAUAAGCUUGGUCUUAGCUUGGAGAUCAUUAAGGGAACUGAGAAAUCGUUAAAUCUAGAAAUGGGACCUAAUGGAAGUCAAUGAGAGAACAACCAUGGAUAGUUAAUGAGCAGCACUGCAUUAUGUUCUCAUCUCUUCAGAAAUAAAUAAUAAAAUACGUUACUUUCUCUUUGAACAACAGUAAAUGCAGAAUGUGAAAAUAGCAGGGGGAAAAGUAACCCUUGGGGCCAUCCUCUCAAUAAAUGAUUUCUGCAAGCCUUAAUUAAUUAUCGGAGUAACUUGUGAAACAAGCUCAUGUGAAACAAGCUUAUGUGAAACUAUGGCACCAUAAAAUGUCUACUUAAUAGUUAGCCCCAAACCACAUCUAGAUUACCUUGAAACUUUGAAAGUUCAUUACCCAGAAUUACUGAAAAUCACCAGCAUAACUUCAUUGUGAAGAACACAGGUUGAACUCUGCAUGACAAGAGCUCCACUCCAGAAAUCCUGGUGAGCAAUCUUUGUUAGGAACAACACUGAUGUAAGCACAGUCAUUAACCUCAGGCAGUUUGUACAUAGAUAGGUGUGUUAUUGCUGCACUUCUGAGUGGCAACUUAUGUAUUUCAAAAGGAAAACAACAGGACCACAACAGGGAGGGAUGCUGGAAAAGUGAGGUGUCUUUGGCUGACCUUAAGAGAGAGCUGAGCUUUUCUUAGCAUUCCUGAAUUCCUGCCACUCAGCUCUGCAUCAGGUGGCACUCCCCAAAAGGGUCCCUUACCUGAGCUUAGCUGUGUCAGUGAGUCAGAGCACAGUGGUCAGUCCUGCAGGUGUGUGCUAGCCCUGGUAGGAACUGAAAUAUGUACAUAUUUACUGGGUUAUUAACUGUUUAUCGGUAACAGGCUUGUUGCCAACAGUUCAAUAAUUGCUUUAUCAAACUAGGAGUCUUUAAAAGAAAAUAAAGCCUUUUAAUAGCAUCACUAUAUAUAUAUAUAUAUUUUAGUGCUCUUAGAUAGAAGGUUCACAUUCCAUUAGCACAAAUAACUGUUUUAAAUCUUCCCAACACCUCUGCCAGGAAGUAAAUUAUUGCUAAUUCCUGGUCAGAUAACAGUUAUCUUGCCUGUGAUCUAUGUCCCCCAAAAAUAUAUUUGCUUUUUUCUUGCCUGAGAGGCCCAGGCUGCCAGAGGAGGCUGUUUUGAGGGGGCUGCUGAAGGAAGAAAUGCCGUUAGUGGUUCCGGGAAGCAAUAAGCACCUCCAUGAAAAUAACUCAAGUCCCCAUCCUUAAUCCCUGCCUAUCCUUUUUUAUCUGACGGACUCAGCGAGGGCUGGAAGAUCACAGCGCGGCUGAAAACAAAAGGGAGUUACCAAGAUGUGAGCGGCCGGCGGCUAGAACAAUAGGCGAGCCCCCUGGCAGCGCAGCGGCCGGGGCCAUGCGGCUGGCGGGGGCCCUGCUGUGCUGCUGCGCGCUGGCCGCGCUGCCCCGCGCCCGCGCCUCCUGCCCCUCGCAGUGCAGCUGCGCCUUCCACAGCCCCGCCGAGGGCACCAAGGCCAGGACAGUGCUGUGCAAUGACCCAGAGAUGACCCUCCCUCCUGUGAACAUCCCUGUUGAUACAAGCAAGCUUCGGAUAGAAAAGACAGCCAUCCGCAGGGUGCCAGGAGAGGCUUUCCACCUGCUGCACAACCUGGAGUACCUCUGGAUGCCCUAUAACUCCCUGGCCAGCCUCAGCAGCAUCACCUUCAAGGGCCUUCGUCGUCUGCAGGAGCUGAGGCUGGACGGGAACAACUUGAUAUCAUUCCCCUGGGAGAGCCUGGCUGGCAUGCCUCAGUUGAGGCUCCUGGAUUUGCACAACAACGAGCUCACCUCAGUCCCUCCAGAUGCUGCUCGCUAUGUCAAGAACAUCACAUACCUGGAUCUGUCCAGCAAUAAGCUCAUGACUCUUCCUCAGGCUCUCAUUGCCACCUGGGCCAACCUCCAGGCUGUUCCCUACUUCCCCAAUGAUAACUCCAAGAUCAUCCUAGGUUUGCAAGACAAUCCUUGGGUGUGUGACUGCAGUCUGUACGAAAUGGUGCAUUUCCUAAAUUUCCAGUCUCCUAACAUAGCCUUCAUUGAGCCCAGGCUGAAAUGCUUCACUCCCAGGAGCCUUGCAGGAGUCUUCUUCAGCCAGGUGGAGCUGAGGAAGUGCCAGAGCCCCGUGGUGCACACAUCUGUAGCCAAGGUGAAGACCAUCCUGGGCAGCACGGUGCUGCUGCGCUGCGGCACCACGGGCGUGCCCAUCCCCGAGCUCAGCUGGAGGAGAGCUGAUGGGGCUCAGCUGAAUGGCACAGUUCACCAAGAGAUUUCCAGUGAUGGGAUGAGCUGGUCUAUCCUGGGCCUGCCUGUAGUCUCUUACCUUGACUCCGGAGAGUACAUCUGUAAAGCAAAGAAUUUCCUGGGGGCAACAGAGGCCUUCAUCUCGCUCAUCAUCACAGACUCAGAGAGCACGGAUGACCCCAGCUCUAGUGCCAAAGGCACAUGGAAUGGCAAGGCCAGCGGGAUGGAGGCAGCUGCCUACAAUGACAAACUGGUGGCCAGGUACGUUAUCACCACCUCCACCGUGCCCACGCUGGGGGCCGGGGCGGGCACUGGGGACAGCGUCCUCCUCCCGGACGCGGCACAAGACAGCAACCCCCAGAACCUGCUGGUGAGCCCCACCACGGGCCAGCAGGAGCCAGAGAGGAUGGUGAGGUCUGUCAGGGUCAUAGGGGACACCGACCAGAGCAUCACCCUGGCCUGGAAGGCGCCUAUGGCAAAGAACACCACGGUGUUCAGCGUCCUGUAUGCUGUCUUUGGGGAGAGGGACAUGCGGCGGAUCAACGUGGAGCCAGGGAAGACCAAGGUCACUCUUUAUGGGCUGCUGCCAAAGACCAAAUACAUCGUGUGCGUCUGUGUGAAAGGGCUGAUCCCCAGGAAGGAGCAGUGCAUCAUAUUUUCCACAGACGAAGUUGUCAGCGCAGGAGGGACGCAGAAGCUCAUCAAUGUGGUUGUCAUCAGCGUGGCCUGUGUCAUUGCUGUCCCUCUGACCCUGGUGGUCUGCUGCGGGGCGCUGAAACGGCGCUGCAAAAAAUGCUUUGUGCGAAAGCCCAAGGACGUGCAGGAAUCGUACGUCACCUUCGAAAGCCUGUCCCCCGGGGCCAAGGCCAAGGGCGUGGAAGGAGAAUACCUGACCAGGCACACCCCUGACGAGUCCAACAGGCUGCUGUCUGCCCGCUCCAGCGUGGACUCGGAAGCCAUACCAAAGAUAGAGGGACAGCCCAAUGAGUACUUCUGCUGACAGUAGCUAGGCUGGCUGUCAGCUCGCCCAGUGGGAAGGGUGUGGCUGUAUCUGCAACUCUGCUCCAGCACUGCAGGCCACCCCGUCCAUGCUUCUGUCUCUGACAUCUUCUGGAAGAAAAUGCAAGAGGGUAGAUGGUGCCCAAGCUUUACAGAAACAUGUUGCUCACACCACUUGGGGUUGGCUGCUUUGCACCCAGUCAAAUGCUUCUCUGACAAUGGCCUCGUUCUCCUGGACCACUUUUUUUUAGGUAUUUUUUUUUUCCCUGUCAGAUGAAGUGUGCACACUAAGUGUAAGGACAUUAAGAAACAUUUCUCAGUGUGCUCCACUUGGUACUGUUUAGGUCCUGCUCAGCAAUAUGCUACAUAUUUUAUUCUCAGCUCUUUUGAUGUUCUUUUGGUUGACAAGCCAGGGGAGUAGCUAGUAAUUUUAAUAAAAACACUUAUGAAGGUGAAGAUUGAGAGUCUCACCUUUUACAUCCUCCAUGUUUGUAUGAAACAUGCACCUUGAUGCUUAAUAGAUCACUAAACAGAGAUGUACAGCAACUCUAUGCUCUGAAUUCAGAGGAAUGUGCAAAGGAGAUAGAAAUGAAGAAACAAAACCCAAUCCACUCCAAAGAAUGCAUAAUAGACAGCAUUUGCUGAUUGCAUUUUGGCCCUAAACUCUGUUCUAAACAUAUGGAACAAUAGCAAAGGUCUUUCAGUAUCAAUCCUAGCUGGCAUUUUGUAUCUGUAUUGUAAUUAGUAGAAUGUUUUAUACCAGCUGUGCUAGAUUACAAUCAUACAAUACCCUACUUUGCACAUUGUGUGUGGUGGUGUAAUGCUUUGCAAUCAUACUGGAAAACCUACAUUAGACAGUUUUGCAAAAAUCUCCCAAACCAGCUCUGUCCCUGCUGCCUGUGCUCCUGGCAAAACUGAUGGUGGAGGCCCACAUGAUCAGCCAGGUACUUGUGAGCUGGUCAUGGAAAAAAGUUGCUCUGUGCAGAGCAGGAGAAAGUGAUGUGGUGUCAGACCACUGGCCAUGCAACGUCAGCCAUUCCUGACUAUGGUCUCAGUGGUAGCAGAGGCUCAGUGCAGUCUUUUUGGCUUUCAAACAUUUUACAAAUUCAAGGACCCUGAAAAAAAACCUGUCUAAUAUUAAUCUAAAUGUACUUUCAUAGUAAGGGUGAACUGAUCAGUCAUUUAAGUUCCGCAGCUUCACUGGAAUUUCAAUCUGAGUGCUUAUCACAAACUAAUUCCCAGAUGUGUAAUUUUCCACUCAAGUCCCUCAUGUAGUAAUACUGUAUAUAACAUUUUUCUCUUUGUAAUAAAUAUUAUUCAUGAGGAAAAUUAUAUAUGUUCUGCCAAACAGUGAAUAGGAAAGAUCCAGCCAAGUUGAAAUGCUAACGGAAAAAGCUUGCUGAAUUGUCCUGAAAUGUGUUUGUAAAUUUAUUGGAACUUUUACUCCACUCACAUUCUGGAUCUGUAUGUACAGUGUGGCUUAAGAAAAUUCAAUGGCUGGAAUGGAGCCCUGUAUGGAUUUUGCAAGACCUCCUUGUACAGAAGGGUUCCACUUAUGUCAGAUUACUUGGCCUGAUGGAAAAAGCAAGUAAUUUGAUCUCAAUAUAAAUACCAGCAACAGGGACACAUCACAAGAGUUUCUGAUAGGACUCCCUAUAUUCCUUGCAUUAAUGAUAAGGAACUUCUCUUGUAUUGGGAGAAUUUGUCAAUCCCUGUAUAAAAUAAUAUAAAAUAAUUAAUGCUGCUUCUAUCACUGGACUGUGCAGAUUUUUAGGUUUACAAGUAAAGUUUUGUAAAAUUAUAUAUUUUAAUGCAAAAAACUAACUGAUGACAGAUGGUAUGUAAUAGAUAUAUUCCCUAUUUAUAAAGUUUAAUAAAAAUUAUUAUGUUUUGUCCCAGCCUGAUUAUAUUAGAGUCAGGAAAAAAAUGUAGCAGUUUUUGUGCUGAGUUGCAAGGACUGCUGUAUGUAAGCCUGGGUCCUGCCCACAUAUGCAGCAGGAGCACUGGGCUGUGCAGAACCAUGGUCCUGGAUGGGUAAGCUCCCAGAGAAUCAAGGCUAUCCUGAAGUUUUCCUGUGUUGAACAGAGUGCACCUACUGCCCAAGGACUUUCCUGGAAGUCAGGAGCUGGCAGGGAACCAGAAGUAUUCACUUUUCAGCUGGGCCAGCACUGGCCCUCUUUGUGCUCCAUGGAGGGAUCAUCCUGGGACAUUCACUGCGGAUGUGUUCAAUUUUACAGACUCUACUGGAUAUUUUUUGUACUUUGAAUAAAUAG